UCGCCUCCUGCUCGCCUAGCGACCGUCAUAUUGGCUGUCAAGAAAGAACGAAGACACCACCGAGAGACCGAGGCUCAAAAAAAUCUGGCCCUGGAUCAAACGGGCAUUCCAGAGUGCCACAAUUAUAUACAAUUAAAAAGUUUUUCCUCAUGUAUGUGUAAAAAACGGACCUCUGGAAUGUCCAGUCGGGAUCUCGCGCGUUAUAACCGUCACGGGAAAGCGUAUCUAGGAGAGCUACGAGUCUGACAUCUUUACAUAGCCAUCUUUUUACAGACAAAAGAGGGCUGACGAGCCGCCGACCAAGCUAUCCGAGGUUCUUGUCUCUAGUCUAUGGAGAAAGUCGGAAGGAUGUGGAGCAACCUCAGAAGCAGAUGUCAAACCCUCUUUAACUCCAGUGGCUCAGAAACAAGUGUAUGGAAUGUAGACAUGGAUCACGUCCACUGUGUAGUGGACAUACGUGUACCCUCUCAUGUAGCACACACGGGUGAGUCCCAGGACGAUCAGGGCUCUGCUCCUUCACAGGUCACCUUAGGAGGUGGGGGACAUAGAGGACACAACUGCGUGGCAGAUAGUCCCCAAUUUGUCGAGAUCACAGUUGACAAAGAAAGCGAGGAUACACGAAGUGUCCCACUUUUGCGUAGAGAUUCUUAUUCCCGACAUGCUCCAUGGGGAGGUAAGAAGAAACACUCUUGCUCCACUAAGACACAGAGUUCCCUGGAGGCAGACAGGCGGACAGGACGUUCGAGAGGUAGCUCAGGAAGACGGGAACGUUGUUAUGGGUCCAGCUCCAUCCAGGAAGUGAGUGAUAACGGAGGAGGGGUAAGUGCUCGGAGUUUAAGUGUUCGCUCUGUACGGCAACGGUUGAAGGACACUGUUGGCUUAUGUUUGCCCUUGCCAUCACCCCGCCGCCCUCGGUUGGCCAAGAGCCAGCUGUCCUCUAAGCGCAAGAUCCACAUAACAGAGCUUAUGCUGGAAACCUGCCCGUUCCCACCGGGCUCCGAUCUGGCCAACAAGUGGCAUCUCAUCAAGCAGCACACAGCACCAGUCAGCCCGCAUUCCUCCACCGCAAUGCUGGACGCUUUUGACUCAACACAUCCCUCCCCAGAGGAUGAGGAAGAGAGGCUCCGUGAACGUCGUAGAUUAAGUAUAGAGGAAGGUGUUGACCCUCCUCCAAAUGCACGGAUUCACACACUGGAGGCCACAUCACAGAGAGCUACACUUUACAAACUGGGACCAAAGAUGGCCCCCUGUUCUGAAGAAGGGCUUGGGGAGGUCAAGGGUUUGGGGGCUGGAACAGCAGGGUUGUCCGGGAUAAUGGCCCAAGUUGGGGCGAGUAUGGCAGUGCCAUCCCAGCCUGUUGACUGUGACUCCGAGGAGGACUCAACCACUCUGUGUUUGCAGGCACGGAGGCCUAAGCAGAGACAUGCCUCUGGAGAUGGCCAUUCCUCCAGGCAGCCAGGACCCUGGAAGGUUCACACACAGAUUGACUUUAUUCAUUGUUUGGUGCCUGAUCUACUGGCUAUCACAGCUCUUCCCUGCUAUUGGGGAGUGAUGGAUCGCUACCAGGCAGAGGCACUGUUGGAUGGCCGACCAGAGGGCACUUUUCUACUACGUGACUCUGCCCAGGAGGACUAUUUAUUUUCUGUCAGUUUCCGCAGAUACAACCGUUCUCUGCAUGCACGCAUUGAACAGUGGAACCACAAUUUUAGUUUUGAUGCACACGACCCCUGUGUCUUCCACUCCUCAACAGUCACAGGUUUGUUGGAGCACUACAAAGACCCAAGCGCCUGUAUGUUUUUUGAGCCUUUGCUCACCGUCCCCUUACAUAGGACCUUCCCUUUCAGCCUGCAGCAUCUGGCUCGUGCUGCUAUCUGCAGUCAGACAACCUAUGAUGGCAUUGGUGCCCUGCCACUGCCACCAGCUAUGCAGGAUUUCCUCAAGGAGUAUCACUAUAAACAGAAAGUACGUGUUCGCUGGCUAGAAAGAGAACCACCUUUCAAGGUCAAAUAAGGCCUGGAUCUACAGCUGAUGGAGGAAGGAGAUUUGAAGACAAAAGAUUCUGCCAAUAGUGUUGGAUCAGAUCAACACCAGGCUUUUAACAUAUGGCAUAUAUUCAUUUUUUUUUUUAUAUUAAAUGCUUGGAAUACAUGUUUGGUAAUAAUCAGAAUGUGCUAUCUGACAAGCAUGAGUAUUUGCUGAUCAGGACAGGAUUGAAAUGUGUUAGUAAUUACUGACCAGUUUCUUUUAUGAUAGCUAAUGGAUAUGCUACAGGCUGCCUGCUAAAAUGUCUGCAUACCGGUGCAUUCUCUCUCCCAUUUUAACUUCUAUGGUCCCAGGACAUUUCCUGUAAAAAUGAAAAUCAAGCUAGGUAAAUGCUCCUGAAUUUACAUUCCUUUAGAUAUAUUGAAGAUUCAUUAUAUUAAUCAUGGCUAAUUUCCCAGAAACAAAUUAAAACGACUAUUAAGAUGGGCAGAGAGGAUAUCAGCAGCUUUUAACACUGGGCUUGUCUUUUUAUUGCUUAGCACAAAUGUACCACACGAAGAAGAGGAAAUUACCAGUAAAAAAUGUUUCCUGUUAUCCACCAGCUACAAAGAGAGUACUUGCAAAUACACAGUCAUGUACGAUGUGCUGCAGGGUAGAGGCUGCGACGUUAACUCUGGGCACAAUCACACAGCACAAGUAUAAAAUAGCCUGUUACCACGUUUUUUGUGAGCGAGCGACAAACAGGCACCUAGUCUUUUGAGUAGUAAACGUUUAAAUUAAACAUACAGUAUGCAGUAUCAGAUGAGUUUUAUUACUUCAGCCCUACAUGGGGUCAUAAGUGUCUGUUCCCAAACUGUAAACCGGUGGUCUGUUUUUAACACUGAUCUAUAUUAUCUAGAUAGUCCUUGUUUAAAUUGUUCAAUUUGCCUGUGGUUUUAUGGGGAACGAAUCGGUUAUAUUUGAGGCGAGUGUGUUCACCUCACUAUAACUUAUCUUCAUCAUAGACACAGCAUAUAAAGAUGCCAUUUGUACACUCGUUAUUAGUAUCGAUGGCCUAUUUUCUUAUCAUUUGUGGUUAGUUCCACUUACAUUGCACUUUUACCCAUUGUGGAGCAUAUUACUUCGGUAUGCUUUCUGUAAUUUUUUGUGUGCACUAAUGAGUGAGAUUCAUUUAACACUGUAACAAAUUAUGGCUUAGCCACCUCUUUUAAUCAUAUAGCCUAAGGGCGCUUUCACAACUAAUAGUCCGUUUGCUGAGUCCAAAUUAGAGUGAAUUUUAUACUUUUGUUUUGGUUUCACAACGCACGUGAAUUAAAUGAACCAAAAAAGCAAAACGACUUUGGCUGAGGGAAAAGUUACUUCUAAAACUCUUUAAUUCAGUGGUCAGAAAUACUCAAGUGCAUGUACAUAUCACAAAAUCACUUAAGCACAGAGAACACAGUCGGAAAUAAAUAAAAAUUAGCUAACUAUAUAAAUAACAUUUAGACUUCCACAUACAGCUUUAGCAGCUCACAUCUGCAAAGAAAUGUUAGCCGCAACCCAUAAUACACAGCAUGUUUGGUUUUCUUCCUGCAGUUGGGUCAAUUCAGGGUUACUCACUGCAGCAAAACGGUACUAGAGCUCAUUGCAAACGGACUGAGACCGUCUUACGCAGGCUAUCUCGGACAAGUUGUCCAAACCUGAGUGUGAUUGCUGUGGUCUCACUCUCACUGCCUAAAUGAACGUAAACCCAGAGACAAAAUGCAAAUUUCAUUAUGUGAAAGCAUCCUUGGAUUAAAUCAUUGGAAUAUUUUUGAUAUAGGGCAAAUAAAGUCAAGCCUAAAAGUCAAGUCUAGUUUAAUGUCAAGAGUUACUACUAUAUUAAUAUGGAAAGCUGCUCAGGUCAACUCAGAGUUUAUCUUACGCAUAAUGCUAUGCUACAAUUAAAGUGAUUGUUUUAGUGUUUGUGUUUUUGAGGAUCAUCGACCAAAGGUGUAUUUGUGAGCUUUACCUGUAUUUGAGAUGUUUUACUCAUGUCUUUCUAACAAUUUAACCAAUGCAACAUUUCAAAACUGGGUAAAUGUGUUGUGAGCAAUAUGCAUUUCUUGCAUCUGAAACUGUCUCCAGGAAACUGAGUAAUGGGUUUAAAAAAAACUAAAACCGUAUUAUCCUCCCCUUUUACACUUUUGAUGACUGCGGUGACUCAGCAAAAAAAUCUGUUACGCUUGUGAUCUGUGUGCUGAACAUUAGGAGGACUGUAAUUUAAUAAGGUGUUGAUGUAUUGCAAGUUAGUCCCUAAAUUCUUAAUGACAACCUGUGCCUUAUUCCUCCCAGCUCCUGCUUUCACACUCAGGUUUUGUACUUUAGAACGAUGUGGCCUGCUCGCACAUACACAUGGGUCUUUCUGUGCCACCACUCAGCAAAUGAGCCUCUCCUGGCAGAGUUACACCCUGCCCUGCCCUACAGGCACUAAUCACAGGCUAAAUUUACUAACCUAGCCUCUAAAUUUACCACCUGCUAAAAGGACCAGUCUGUGUUUCUUGAUGGGCUCUAAGAAAAUAUAGAGUAGAGGGACUUUUUUCCUUCCUCCCCAGUCCAACCACAUCCUCAGCAUCACCCUCUUUUCGGAUAUGUCGAGCUGAAAGCAGAAAUUCUGUUGUUUGUGUAGUCUGCCUGGCUUCCACACCGUUUGGGCGCUAUGCUAAAGUUAGCAUUAGCAAGAGGCUAACACAGGGCUCCAUUGAAACAUUUUGAGCACCCUGUUGUCUUGCUGCUUGAGGCAGGGUGGAGUUGAAAACCUCAAUUAGCCGUUAUUUGGUAAAGGGUUGCAACGGUAUGUUUAAGGCCCAGUGGCCAUCGUAUAUUUAGUUCACUCCUUGUCUUUGAGAAUUGUUAUCUGAUUCUGAAAGAUGGCCAGCCGUGAUGACAAGGAAUAAAGUUUUUCUUUUAAGUUGCUUUUAAAGUGUGCCUCGUAAAUAUGAUCUAAAACUGUGGGGUUUUCUGUAUCAAAUGACUCAUAGAAUCUUAAAGCAGCUUCUCUGUCCUGGGGAAACUGUUCCUACACUUUGUUCCCUAUGGGAAAGUCGCAUGUGUCAGACAUCGCAUGUGCCACAUGUUGCCCAUAUGAUCUGUAAAGCAGGCUCCGUGCCAUCAUUACAGAAGAAUAAGGGAUGUCGGCUCUCUGCUUUGUUCACUAACAUGCCUAUAUAGCGUUCUAUUUUGACCUCUAAAGAGAGGUCUCUGUGUUUUUGUUUGGUAAGGGAUUUAAAAAUCUAUCAAGAAGAGUAAAUUUUAGGAUUGACUAUGAGCUUAUCUUUCCUAUGUAGAGGAGGAGCAUGGUCUCUAGAAAGUCUCAGCCAACCCUUACCUUUGAUCUUGGAUGAAAUUUAGCUUGGCUUUAUAUACAUAAGCUCUGACCUUACAGACUUUGGAUUUGUACUUUUAGAAUUAGUGUCAAGAGAGUUGUGUAAUACUUUUAUGCAAACACAUUAACAAGAUAAUUAUGUUUACAUAACUCUUCUCCCUAAUAUGAUGAGUGUGAUGUAACCGUGGUUCGCUAUAGUUUCACUUUAAUGCUCUACAUGCACAUUCGUUGCUGAAUGAAUGCAGGCAACGUGCUGACAGGGCUUGACAAUGAUGGGCGCUAAUGGUUGUCAUUGUGCAUCCCAGAAUGCUUUAUACGUCCUGACCAAUCACAACGUCCGUAUCAAAAGACACAGGCUGGAGGAGCUCUUAUCAGACAAAUAUAGACUAACAAAUUAUAUUCCUCCUAUGCUUUUGUUCUUGCUUUCUAUCGGCUGGAAAAAUUAGAGUGUUUCAGCAUUGAAAUGUCUGUUUACUCCCUGACCUUUUUUUUGCUUUCCACUUUCAUGCUUUUGUCUAAUGCAUAAACUUCAGUUUUUUAAAGCCAAUGAAUACAAUGGUUGUAGUUGUCAUUAUUGGUGCUUUGCGAAAUGCUUCAUUGUCUUAAUAUUACCAAUAAAAUCAUCAAGUGUA